AUGAUUAAACAACUUGUUCAGCUGUACAAAGUUUCCCACUUGGGAAACAGAACCCUAGCUUAUGAUGGUAUGAAAGGCAUUUUCACAGCAGGGCCAUUGCCAUUUGUCUCUAAAGAGUUUGUGGUCAAGUUGGGUGAGAGGGAUGGUCGUGAUGGGUCUUCUGGUUCCAAAAGAAAGGACAGGGAGUUUAAGGUGGUUGUAAAAUUGGCCGACAAACCCGACCUUCAUCGGUUGCCUCAAGAAGCCAUACAAGUUCUUAAUGUUGUUCUUAGGGCCGCACCAUCUGACAAGUAUUAUUCUCCGUUUGUUAGAAAGAGCAUAUGA